ACAGCAAUGGGAUUAGAGAAUCAGUGAGGAGGAUGAAUCCCCAACUCAUGCUCUUGAUCUUCUUGCACGUUGAAUCAAACACGGUGUAGCUUUUUCUCUCCCUGCUGAAUUUGUAAGGAAAGGAAAAGGAAGAAGAAAGUCUUGCCGUUGUUGCUCUUUGUGUCAAGGAAUGUGAAACGUGUGACAUAUUGGAUUUGUUGGUAAGGUCUUUACUGAUUUAACUUUCACUAGGUGAGCAGGAUUGAUAAUUCUCAAAAUUUCCUGCCCUCUGAGGGGUCGUACAAUGGAACAACCUUCAAAAAACCCUCAUCACCUAAAAAAGCUGAAAAAACGGCGCUCCAGUUUGUUUGCCAGCGUGAAGCUGAACACCAGCUUAUCCAAGAGCAUUGAAGAACCAGACGCUACCUUCCCCUUUGCACAGGAGAGCUCUGUGAAAGCAUGGACGUCCAUGGACAACCUGGACAACCCUGCAACUCAGACAGUGGUCCUGAAGGAGAACGGGCCCGAGAAGAAAAGGGAGGAGAAAGAAAAACGUGUCGCCAGACAAUCCAACAUAGUCACCAUCAAUGUCGGUGGGAGAGUCUUUCACAUACCUAUCCAUCUGGUUCUCCGCUACCCCAAAACCAGGAUUGGCUCUCUGGCCCUCUGUACCGAUCCUGUGAAGAGGAUGACACUCUGCGAUGACUACUCCGUCCGCAAAAAUGAGUUCUUCUUUGACCGGGACCCCACUUUCUUCCAUUACAUCUUCCACUUUUACUGCAGCAACGUCAUGUGGGUGAUGGAGAGUCUGUGUCCGCUCAAUUUCGAGGAGGAGAUGAACUUCUGGGGUCUCCGCAUGAGGGACACUCCGAGGUGUUGCCGCAUGCUGUUUGAGGAGAAGGUGGAUGAGAUCAAAGAUGGCCUGAAGGUCAACCAGGAGCUGAUCGACGAAAUCAAGCCGGCCCACAGGGAUGAGGAGGCCAUGUUCAAGACCAUGUUCCUGGGAGGGUUCCGCAAGGCCCUCUGGGACCUGAUGGAGAACCCAUAUUCCUCUUUAGCAGCCAAGGGCUUCGCCGUGUUCUCCAGCCUCUUCGUCCUCAUCUCCAUCGUGGCCAUGACCCUCAACACGGUGAAGGAGCUGAGGAAGUACACUAUCUACGGCAAGACCUACAUGGAGUGUGUGGAGAUCGUCUCCAUCGUCUUCUUCACCUUUGAGUACUUCCUGCGGCUACUCACCACCUGCGACAUAAAACACUUUGUGAAAAGCGGCCUCAACUUUGUGGACCUGUUGGCCGUCAUGCCCUACUUCAUCCAGAUCAUCUUUGAGAUUUUCACAGAUGUUGAUGAUGCUGGUGCCCAGGAGGACCUGAAGACCAUGGCCAGGGUCAGCAAAGUCAGCAAGGUGCUCAAGGUGGUCAAACUCAUGCGCAUCUUUCGCAUCCUCAAGCUGGCAAAGCAUUCCACUGGAAUGCGGGCAUUUGGCUUCACCAUCCGGCAGUGCAGAGAGCAGGUGUGCUGCUUAUUCCUGUUCAUUAUCAUGGGCAUCUUCACCUUCUCGGCCCUCAUGCACUCUGUGGAGCUGGACCAGCCAGGCACCCCUUUCAGCAGCAUCCCUGAUGCCUGGUGGUGGGCCGCAGUGAGCAUCUCCACUGUGGGCUAUGGUGACGUGGUGCCCAUCUCCUAUUUGGGUCGCUGCGUGGCAUUUGGCUGCAUCUCCUUUGGCAUUAUCCUCAACGGCAUGCCCAUCUCAAUCCUCUUCAACAAGUUCUCAGACUACUACGCCAAGCUCAAGGCCCAGGAAUACACCCAGACUAUAGGCCCGGGUGUACGCACCUUCCAGCUCAAGAAACGUCUGCGGCGCAAGUUCGAUGGCUGCUUCGAACCACAGCCUUCGGACGACUCUGAUGACGAUUAUGACACCACAUACCAUCCAAACAGGAGUCAGAGCCAUGCGGGCGCCGAGUGAGACCCUAAUGCCAACGCCCCUUAAAUGCCUUUCUCGCCUUCAUGCUGGAGACUAACACCCCAUCUGCCUCUGACUAUAUUCUAAGCCGGGGUGUAGGAAAGUAAACAUUGGGCAAAGGGGGUGGUGGGGGUGGGGGAUUGAGGCUGAGCCAAGGGGAGAUAAACCGUAAGCUACAGCUUUAGACGUGGCACGCUAAGGGUGACUCCUCAGUCAAAUGGACAGGAAUUACCCCCCAUCGGGAUUGGUUUCUAAGAAUAGCACCUGAUGCAGUUAAGCUGAGUGGAACUAACUUUCUACCAGGCAUUCAUGCCUAUAACAGAGUAACGACCAACGUUUAUUAGACUAUAUUGCACAAACCACUUCAGAAGCUGAGGGAUGGUAGCCAGUAGGCCUAUGACUGCUCCGUGGGAUGAAGUGCUAAUAUAAAAAAAAUUUGGAGGGGGCCUCAGAUCUAUAACAUGUGCAGGAUGUAAAUGUUCAAAUCAACACAUGCAAUUAGGCCUAAUUAGUUUAUUUUACCAUGAUAAAAGACACUAUUGCAGUUGGAUGAUACUUCCAGUAGGCAAUUACUUCUCAGUUUUGGUCAGAAAAUGAACAUUCAACUAAUUAAUUGAAAAAAUUAUAUUAUAAAACAACAGUUUUAAAACGGUAUCUUUAAUUCAUUAGUAGAACUGAACCCAACUCUGACAUGGUACUCUGUUUCUACCCAAAUGUCCGUGUUAUGGGCAAUAGUCAGUUCAAGUUACACUAUAUCCUUAAAAUGUAUACAGUUAGACAGUACUAUAUAGUACUGUAUACAGGACUCAUUUGAAAUAGACCAUGCGAUGGGUGUCAAAGAAUAAAAGUUAUUUCAUCUGAA